GCAUGUCUGGAUGUAGGAAUUACAUACUAGAUGUUGAAUUGCAACUUGAGCUAUAAGAACUUGUAUCAGAGAAGUGGAAAUCAAUUAGGAUACUUAGUUAAGGAGAUAGUAUAGAGAAAAUGGUUGUUGGUGUUUAACUUUUUGGGCAUCUCUAUACUAAUACUUACAUGUAUGAAUUUAUGUGCUGUACGCCAGGUUCGGAAACGACAACGAGCACCGUGACUCCACGUAGGGAGUGAGCUCGUGUUGGUACCUUUUUGGCUGGACCUCGAGGUGGGUGUUCUUAUUUUUAAUAGCGGAAGAUGAGACACGGUGUAAAGUUAAUUUUCGUAUUGAAAUGGUUAAUAUUUGGCUUGAGCUCCUAAGCGAGAAUAUGAUCGUAGCCUUAGUGGCGUUAUAAUAUGGCCUUAGUGGCGUUAUUGAAUAUUGCCUUAGUGGCGUGAAUAAAUAUUGCCUUAGUGGCGUGACGACUAUUGCCUUAGUGGCGUAAAGAGUAUUGCCUUAGUGGCGUUGAUAUGGAAAUUGCCUUAGUGGCGUUAUGAAUAUUACGUAAUGGAACGUUAUUGUGGGCUGAAUAUUCUUGUUUUAAAUUGUUGAUAGCACUUGUCUUUAUUGCUUCUCUUAUUACGAAUAAGCACAUUCACUGAGCAAGUUGAAAGCUCACACCCCCACAGUGAUUUCUUUUCAGGUGUGUGACGGCACGCGGGUCCAUUGCAGAGUCUAGACAGGAGUUGUGUAUAUAGAAGUCUAGCUUUUUGACUCUUUUGAUUAUGUGCCUAUUUUUGGAGCUUGUAUAUGUUGUAAAUACCUGUGGGCACGUCUUGUAUGACGGUUAUUUUUGUAUAUAUGCAAGUUAAGUUUUUUUUUUAUGAGUUGGACACCUAGCUGGUGCUUUUAUUUACUGUUUGAGCAGGGCCAAGGCGUGGGUCCAUCCCAUUUGGAAAAUAAAUUUAGUGUGGUGUUUUCCGGGAUGGGGUGUGACAAUUUUUGGUAUCAGAGCCUAUGGUUAUUAGGUUCUGUAGACAUUUUUGAGUCUAGAACUUGCAGUGGACCAUAGGGAGUCAGUUAAGUUGGUGGUUAGCUUAUCUUUGCAUGUGUGGUAAAUAUUUAACUGCAAUGAUAUUUGUUGCUUAUCUUGAGUUCAAUGGCAGACAAAGUUAUGGACGGUCAGGAGAAAGAUUCAGGGGAUCAAGCAGGUCAAGGUGACCCUAGUGCUCAAAGUCAAUCGGAUAUCAUGCAGGCUCUUGCACGGUUUAUUGAGUUUCAAACAGGUGCACAAGCAAGCUCAUCAAAUCAGCCACGUAGUACCGUUCAUGAACAGUUUAUGAAACUUCAACCUCCAACAUUCUCUGGUGGUGUGGAACCAUUGGAAGCAGAGGAAUGGCUAAAGAGGAUGGAGUCUAUUUUCGAUGUUAUGAGUGUUUCUGAAGAUCAAAAAGUUACUCUUACUCCUUUCAUGUUAAAAGAUCAAGCUCGAUUUUGGUGGGAAGCUACGAAAGGGUUGCUGACUACACCAGCAAUUGGGGAACCGGAGCCUCCAAUGCCAAAAAAAAGUUACUUGGAAAGAAUUUAUCGCGGCCUUCAAUGAGCAAUACUUUCCUCUGUUGUAUCGAUAUGAUAUGGAGCACGAGUUUUCAAGUUUGAGGCAGGGAAGUAUGUCUGUUGCUGAAUAUGAUGCUAAAUUCAUCAAAUUAUCUCGGUUUGCACCAGACUUAAUCCGUACAGAGGAUGCUAAGUGUAGAAGAUUUCAGUUUGGUUUGGAUCCCGACAUUCGAGCUGGAGUUGCUACUCAUGAAGCAAAGAGAUAUUCUAACUUGGUACACAAAUCAAAGAUUUCAGAAAAGAGUGUUAAUGAGAAGAAAGAAAGGCAAGCACAAUCUAGGAGGGGUCGAUUUGAGGCUGGAUCAUAUAGACAGAGGUUUCAGGGAUCUCAAUUGAGCGGAGUGCAGGGUAGGC